GUUUAAUGUCUAAUGUGGUUCUGUUUCUAAAAGAGGAGGCUAUUGAUAAGACUGCCGUCAAGAAAGUUAAUUUCAUAGAUUCAUCAGUGAUUUCUACAAGGUUUUAACUUUUAGGUCAUAUAUUUAUUUUCCGAAGAUACACUGUGAAAUGAUGUCCAGUCUCCUGUGUAGAACCGUUUGUCUUCGUCGAAACCAUCGACAUUUGAAAGAAAUAUCUACAGUAUUGUCGAGAAAUUUUGCAGAUAUGCAAAUACCAAAGCGGAAAUCUGACAAAAAACCCCCAAGCGUAGUUUCGUGGAAGUCUUUAGCCCUUGUCGUUGGUGUAGGAGGAUCAUUAACACUUCUAAUGCAAUACAUCAAGAGGGAAAAGGAUAUGGCUGCUGAAAGAGAACGGAAACGGUCUUUGGGCAAAGCUGCAAUCGGAGGAUCAUUUGAGCUGAUCGAUCAAAACAAGCAGGUCAGGAAAAGUGAAGAUUUCAUCGGCCAGUGGGUGCUCCUGUACUUUGGUUUUACACAUUGUCCGGAUAUCUGUCCAGAGGAAUUAGAGAAAAUGACAGAAGUCGUCAACAUCAUUGAUGCCAGAAAAGACACACCCAAUCUACAACCAAUUUUCAUCACUGUCGAUCCAUCACGAGACACUCCUGAAGCUGUUGGGAAAUAUCUUCUUGAGUUUUCUCCAAAAUUUAUUGGUUUGACUGGAUCAACAGAACAAAUUGCCAAAGCUUGCAAAGCAUAUCGAGUCUAUUUUAGUGCAGGUCCGAAAGACCAAGAUAGUGACUACAUCGUGGAUCACACAAUCAUCAUGUACUUAAUUGAUCCAAAUGGAGAGUUUGUUGACUACUAUGGCCAAGCAAGGAAUUCCCAUGAGACAGCGGACAGUAUACAGUUUCAUAUGACAAAGUGGAAAAUUGCGAAUGAGAAGUCCUUAUUCGAUCAAAUAGUUGAGAAGACAUCACCUCUUCUGAAAUCGAGCUAAUCGCACCUCAAAAGCUAGUCCUCAAAAUAUCUUAAUGACUGAAGAUGUGCAUGUAUUUUUGUUAGACCAAUAAUACCCUUGAAGAACUUUUUCUGCACGAGUCAUUUAGGCACAGUUAGUUUUUUAGCUAACAAGUGCUAGAAUUCAGUUUAAAACUGAAAUUGUCCUUAUAGAGAAAAACCUCAAGCAAGUAAAAUUCCCCGUGGCUAUUAAAUAGCCCCGUAUGCUGUUAGAUGCAGCACUAGUUACGACCCAUCAGGAAGGCAACUGCAGACUCGUUUUGGGUCUAAUUAGACACAUCAGUGUAGCCUCCUGAUUUUCUGCUUACAAAGCUCAGAGAGGUCGUGAAAGUCAGUUCGAGGUUUGGGCAUGCGGCUUUGGCGAUGAGCAAUUCUACUGCUAUCUAGUAAGCGAAUUAUCCAAACAGUGCAAAUGUCAAGUCAAGCCAGUCUGUGCGCACAAACCCGCCUUCCUAAUUGGCCGUAACAGUGUUGCACCAAACAGCAUAUCUCCACAAAGGAAAUUUUGCUUGCAUGAACUCUUUUUCCCUCUGCAAUGAAAAUUUCAGUUUUGAACUGAAUUCCAGCGCAUGUUGGUAAAAAAGCUAUCGUUGUCCCAUGAAGUCCAAGUUUAGUCAUCAUAUUUUAUAAGGCACACUAUCAUGAGAACAACAAGAGAAAUUUAAAGGUCCUAGAAUCAUAAUGAAUAUGACCAUGCGCUGGCUGCAUAACCUUCAGGUGGGUAGCACAGCAGCUAGAGCGGGCUACUAUCAUUGCCUGGAGUCCUUGCCAGGAACUGGUAACUUCUGCAACAUUCUAGUAAAAGUAUGUUCCAGGCUAGAGUGUCUGAAGGUGACUUCAUCAGAAAAAUUGCUGUUGUCUUGCGGAAGAAGAUGGUGCCAGUUUCUUAACUCAGAUAUAGCCCUUAGGCGAAUGCUGAAUUAUGUAGAAUUCUUGAAAGGAUGUGAAGCAUUCAUUCAAGUAUUUUAGCUAGUUUGAAUAAUGUACCCACUCGCACAAUUUAUGUGUUUUAAUUAUACAUGAAGUAAAGAAACUAACUUUGAAAAUAUUUCAAGCAAGUUUCUGUUGUUUAUCAGCUCUCAAGGCAGUUAACUUGGAAUUGAUUUUUGCUAACGUUUAAGAAAACGUUAGCUAAUGGGUACACCUAAUUUUAAGAACAGUUUUCUUGGAUUACAGACGAGCUUAAAAUCAUAAGUUACGAAGUAGGUCUGUUGCUCACAAGAGCUGAUGGCAACUGAGAAAACUUUUUGUCAGUAAAACUGCAUGAAAAUCACCUUGAGCACUUCAGGAAUGUCUAAAAUACGCUUUGAAACACACAAUUAGCGAAGUUUUUAUCAUACAUUUUUAAUUUUACCACAUCUUCAGGCACUUUUUCCUUUGUUGCCGUUAGCUUUACAUCUUUUCCUGGUAUGAGCUAUUGUCACUAUUUUUUUUCUUUCACAUUAAAAUGUUGCGGAUGAGAAUAUGUGUCUUGAUUUUUCCAGAAAUAUCACUCACAAUUCGGCAGCACUUAAUUUUUUAUGUACUAACUUGUGGAAGAGGAAAGAAAAUUCCACUGAUUUUGUUUCAGGGUGAAUUUCAGUUUAAUCCCUGGCUAAAAUUAUCUUAUCUAUGUCAAGGGAAGUAUCUACAUUGUUUCAACUUUUCAGGUAAGAUACUAUACAUAUAGAAAGCUGGUUGAUCGAUAAUUCAGCCGAUUUCAUGGAUUUCUCACUCUUAUUUGCUAAUUUUUAAUAGUGUACCUUGCUAUUCAGUCAGAAAAUAUGGUAUCUGCAUGCUUCUGAAAGGAUUAUUAAUUUGUCUCAAUUCUUUUCAUAAUACUGAUGUUGAACAGUGUGUGCGUAGAUUUAUGUUUCAUCUUUUUUGAGAGAAGAAUCACUCGCAAGAUGCAAUCAAAAGGAAUUGUAUGUCAUGUUCGCCAGGACAUGUUAGAAUUUUUUUUUUUUCCCAAAUUUUCGUCAUUCUUCUUCAAAUUAUCAGGGUUAAAAAUAUUCAAUCCUUCCUCAAAAUACUGAAAAAUUUAAGAAGAGAAAAGUUUUCCUCUGUUGAGUAAUUUAAAACUAAAUGUUUACAUCUAUUAUUAACUUUUAUGGCAGUUAUGAGAAUAUACUUAGAAAGGUUAAUAAAAAAGAGGAGGAAAAAUUAUUAUCUCUUACUGCUGCUCUUUCAAUGAGAACACGCCUUUUGAAUUUUCUUAAUUCCAGCAUGGAAAGAGGACUGAAUGAAAUUUGUAUUGCUAUAAAAUUUACAGUUAAAAGUUUUAUUGUUACCUUCUUUCUCUCUCUUUGUCACAAAAAGCUUCAGGUGUUUCUCUCAUUAUACAUUUUCAACAGAUUAAAAGAUUUGUAUUGUAUCCAAGCUCCUGAGUCAUUAAAUGUAAGUUUCUUAUAAAAAA